AUGGAAACGGAUUGCAAUCCUAUGGAGUUACCCAAUAAUACAGGUUUUGAAGAGGAUUCUGAUUACGGAGACUUUGAAGGAACAGAUGUGAAAGAUAUGAGACUAGAAGCCGAAGCUGUUGUGAAUGAUGUUCUGUUUGCUGUCAGCAACAUGUUUGUCUCAAAGACCCUUCCCUGUGCAGAGGAUGUGGCAUACAUCAAUGUGGAAACCAGGGAAAGGAACAGAUACUGCCUGGAGCUCACUGAAGCAGGACUCAGGGUAGUAGCUUAUGAUUUUGACCAGACUGAUGACAGAUUGCAGACUCCAUACCAUGAAACUGUCUACUCCUUAUUGGACUCUCUCAGCCCUGCAUAUCGAGAAGUGUUUGGAAAUGCAUUACUACAAAGACUAGAAGCUUUGAAGAAAGAUAGUCAGUCAUGA